GAUUCGAUUCAUGUUCGUUCUUCAUAUUCUCAUUAAAUGUAGUAUAACUAGAGGUCAUGGAAAACACAUUCUCACUCUCUAAUAAAUAUAUAGGCUACUGUAAAAAAAAAAUGUAAAAAAAUAAACGGCUGUUUAAGAAGGUUAAAUAAUUAGCCUGCAAUAAAACAAGCUGUCUUCUGUGAGGAUUCAGUUUUUAUUUCUGUUCUACAAAAGAACUGUGGGUCAAAAUUAAAUUCUUAAUGAUGUUGUUGUUGCAUGAUCACAAAGUGCAUAUUUUUCUUUCCCCCUUCUCUCUGCUCUUCUCGUUAUCUCUAUCACGCGAUCUCGUUUCCCAGCUCUGAUCAAACAGUGGCGGGAUAAGAUGCCCUUUUCAGUAGUUUUGGCCUCAUCCCAGCAUCACCAGCAUCACGGUCCCUGGUGUCUCCAAACUCUAACCAGUCUAGCUUAAUGACAUUAAUUUGCUCCUCUUGUCAAUCUUGGCCAAUAGCAAGCAUGGACGGCUGAUGUGGAUCUGAAGGACAGAUAAGGUUCCCCCACCCAACCCAACCCCAUCCCAGCCCGCCUCUGUGGGAAGGGGGCUCGUGGAGAGGAGCGCGGAUCAAGGGGCAGACGCUUCGUCAAGUAUAAAUAGUGUGACUUCAAUAGUGAAUCUGCAGCAAGUCCGCACACUCCGCAACAAGAGGAAUUGUCAAAGAUCUCGUCACAUCACCUCGCGUUCAGGCCGAUGUUGAUGUGUUAUGGUAGACUGCUGAGGAUCUAACGUGAAAAUUGCAUUUUUUCUUCUUCUCCUUGGGCGCAGUGAUGGAAGAACUUACCGCGUUUGUCUCCAAAUCUUUUGAUCAGAAAGUGAAGGAAAAGAAGGAAGUGAUCACGUACCGGGAGGUGCUGGAGACCGGCUCGGUGAGAAGCAGGGAGGAACCGGUGCGCGAGGAGGUGAACAGUAUCACGCGGAGCGGCGCGCGCUCGUCGCCGGUCAGAGAAGCGGACAUGCUCGCGUCAGAGAGAAGCAGAGACUCGAUCAGCCCCAAACUCACAGACGGUAACACAGAUAUGAAAGAACGCAAAGAGGAUUGUAAGCCGCUGGAGGAUGAGACACAGACUAAAAUCAAGCAGAGAAGGAGUCGGACUAACUUUACCCUUGAGCAGCUGAAUGAGCUGGAGAGACUGUUCGAUGAAACGCACUAUCCAGACGCCUUUAUGAGAGAGGAGCUGAGCCAGAGACUCGGGCUCUCGGAGGCCAGGGUGCAGGUUUGGUUUCAGAACCGAAGGGCCAAAUGCAGAAAGCAGGAAAAUCAGUUACAUAAAGGAGUUCUCAUCGGAGCAGCGAGUCAGUUUGAAGCGUGUCGUGUCGCUCCGUAUGUCAACGUGGGAGCUCUGCGCAUGCCAUUCCAGCAGGUGCAGGCGCAGCUGCAGCUGGACAGCGCCGUGGCCCACGCGCACCAUCACCUGCACUCGCACCUGGCGGCGCACGCGCCCUACAUGAUGUUUCCCGCCCCGCCGUUCGGUUUGCCCCUUGCGACGCUCGCGGCGGAGUCCGCCUCGGCAGCUUCGGUGGUGGCGGCGGCAGCGGCGGCGAAAACUACCAACAAAAACUCGAGCAUCGCGGAUCUGAGACUGAAGGCGAAAAAGCACGCGGCGGCGCUGGGGCUGUGACGUCACCGAAUCCCGAAGCAGAAAAACAAACACAUUAUUUAUGUUUUCCUAUGAAGGACACGCGAGAGAAAAAGGAUAGGCUAUUUAUAAGAACACAGACUGUGAAGUGGACAAACUUUACCUGGAUCUUUUCGCGGAUGGAGGGACAACUACAAAACGUUGACUGAACUACGAGUACCUAAAUAAGAAAAGUUGAACUUUUAGUGAACUUUUGCAGAAGACAAGAAGCUGAAUCUGAAUAUAAUGAUAUAAAGCAGCUGGGACGAUUGUUCGGCUGUUUGUGUGACAACGCGAACAUUUCUGCUUUAAUACGUUAUUAGUAAUUAAUGAAAAUGAAGAGGCUGGCCUCGUUUUAUUUGAAACAAAGUUUCUCUGUGGAUAUUUGUGAAAUAGGCUAUUACAGAAAUCACUUUUGUUGCCAAACAUGAAAACUCCAGUGUGCGUUUCUGUCCUCACGGAUAAAACACGAUUUAAGUUCAAGUUUAUGCUCUUUGAGUUCUGAAACAAAAUAAAUGAGCAUUAAAUGAAAUUCCUUUGCCUAUUAAUGAGUGUAUUGUGAAUAUAAUCCAAUAUCAGGUGAUUAUUCAAUGAAGAUCCGUCAGAUGCCCAUGCAGUGCACAUCAGCACACAUCAAGCUUUUAUUCUCGGUGUAAAAAUCAAAUUCAGGUAAUACACUAAUAUUGAUAUGGUACGGGCACGUGUAAAAUACUUUUGUUAAUAACGACAAAAAAAAAAGAAAAAAAUAUUUUGGUUGUUUUAUGCUUCAUCAAGGCAUUGUGGGAGCAUUCUGGAUUUUCUUUGCUAUUUCUUUUAGUUCUUGUUCCUUCAUCUUUUGUACAACCAUGUGAAUCUAAAUGUAAUGUUCAUGUUUUAUAAGGGUUAUAAAAGGACAUCGACUGCGGGCACGUAUUUUUAUGAUAUCUAUGAUUUCAUCAUGACUGUGAAACGUGAACUCACCUCAACACCGUGUUUUCGAUUCAUAAAAUAAAUGUAAAAAAGACUGUAGAAUCUGUGUCGUUGUAUACGAAGUUCGUAUUAUUUUCUUCUUCUUUUUGGUAAAUAGGUGCAUGUGAUGGGAACGUUUAAACAGAAUCAUUCAUGUGCACUUUAUUCUUUAAGAAUUGCUCUGGCGCUGGCGCGGUUUUAUAAUUUAA